AUGAAUAUUCAGCUCUUAUCGCGAAUUGAAACACGACCUCAAAGUGAAUUACGGCAUCUGUUUGAUUUGCUCAAUGAACUUCUGUGCCUCGUGGAUCCACUUCAGACCGCACGGAUUGCUGCCGUGAUGCAUGGUUUGGUCAAUCGUCCUAGUGUUGGAUCAGAUGCUCACGGCUGGUGUCCAAGGCCUAACGUGGAUCCACAUUUGUGGGCUUGGAGCAUGAAAGAACUGGAUUCGUCGCUUCAUGCUAUGACAAUACUUGACGAAAAGAGGGAAGAGCCCGAGCUUCUCACCGUCCAGACAUCCGAUUCCGGUGACGCAUCUGAUGGGGCCACGACUGAAGUAGAGGAAGUGCCACCUGCAUGGCCGGCUAUGCCAAAAGGGCUAUUAGAGUUGAUCACAACUGAGGCCUAUCGAGACUCACGGCGUGCGUAUCAGUGCAUGAAGUUUAUUGUUCACUUGUCCUCGAAAACCGAUGCAGUCGUGUCUUAUCUGUCAGGUUUUCCUGAUAGAUGGGAACCGGCAGUCAAGUGGCUUGAGAAUCUGAUGGAAUCUUCCGAUGAAAUCGGUCCCACUCGAGUCACAGGCGCAUCCUGUACAGCAAACUUGAAGCGCAUGGACGGUUCGUUUAAUCGUCUUGGCGGAGAUGAAGCAGACAGUGGUGCUCUGUAUAUGGUUCUCCCGUCUGGCAGCGCUGUGCCAGAAUCCGGGCGUCGAGUACUGCACUUGACGGAUGCGUCUAACGAGUCUGAGGAGAAUAGUACCGGAUUUCAGAGAACGGUUUCUGCGCAAACCACUUUGCGCGAAGCGACGCGCAUUUUGUUCACAAUGCCUCGUAUGCGUCCGGAACCGACUGGUCUGUCAGCUCUACCUGCUGUCACGCACAGUGCUCAUCAAGAAGGGGAUGAAGAGGAAGAAGACGAAUAUGAACGUAGGAAAAAUACAUCCCUAUUUUACAAACUUUAG